ACAAUGAGCGUCCGCCAAGCAUGCCACGUUUGCCCGCGUGUCCCCACCGUGGCCACUUGAGGACCCUCCAGGUGCCCAAGACAUGGUUCCCGCGCCGACGCAUGCACCGCAGAUCCACAAACGGCUUGUCAAUUUGUGUAUUCAGACUUCCCGCAGGCUCUCGUCGGGCACCCCAGCUGACAGUCCUGUUUACGUCCCGCUGUUAUCUGAUGCGCGAUAAUGGCUCGAGAGGGAACGUGUAAUGGACGGUAACUCACGCUUAUCAGGCUCGCUUGGACGAUAUGGUUCGUUCGACGCGCUUUUAAGGCCAGACGUCUCGCGUACCUAGCCUUUACGCGAGGGACAUUCUAUUCGCCCCCGCUGCGUCGUCGCCUCUGGCCUCCACACGCGUCAGUCCAUCCCCAGCUUCAGUGCUCUUAGCCGGUUUCAUCGUGACCGACAUGACUUUCUCGUCUUCCGCUGUCUCUCUCGCUCACAUCGUGUAUGAUCAUAUCGAACACCUCCAGCUCAACGCGCUUUUCAUCAGCCUUGCUUCUCUCGUUGUAUUAUACCACGCCAUUGCACCCUUCUUCCCCAACGACAAGCAGAAGUCAUGGAUCCUCACGACUAUCUCCUCCGCUUCAAUGACGCUCGCCAGUCUCCCUUUUGUCUGGGACUAUGCGACCACGGGAGGCACCAUCACCGACGUCCGGCACUUUGACGUGUGGGCGUACUACACAUGCAGAUUCUUCCAGGCCUAUCUUAUAGCUGACUUAUUAAUGGGCUUCGUACACUACCGCAAGAGGGUCAACCCCCUCACCGGCUGGUUCCAUCACAUCGUCUACGUCUGGAUCGUGGAAUACGCUGUGCGGAUGGAAUGGGGCUACAUCUUCUGCCUCGCCGCAUUUAUGGAGCUCCCGACUUUCGUCCUCGCCAUCGCCUCCCUCUUCCCGCGCCUGCGCCACGACGUCCUCUUCGCGUCCACCUUCCUCUGCACUCGCAUCCUGCUGCACGUCGUCCUCUGCGUCUCCACGCUGAGCAACCGUGCAGCGCUCACGGAUGGCUCCGUAGGACCGAGCAUCAUCCUCGCCUGCGUAUUCCCGCUGCACGCCUUCUGGUUCUACGGCUGCCUCAAAGGUUUUGUCGCCCGCGCCCGCGCGGCCCGCUCUCGGACCACGUCCACCGCUACUUCAACACCCGCCCAAUCCACCCCCGCACCGCGGCGUCCCGCCCCCACCACCGAGCAGCACAGCCCCGCACCCAGCCCGACACUGUCGCUGCGCAUCCGCCCCCACGCAGCAGCAGCGAGGCGCCGCGGGCUCCGCCAGGCGCUGCGCAGCGUCAACUGGCGCUGGACGCGCGUCGCGGACCUGCGCGACGCUGCGGGGCGCAUGGGGCUCGGCGGCGUGCGCGAGAAUCUUCGUGCGGCGCUGCCCGGGCGCGAGAGCGUGUAUGCGUUUGUCGGGCUCGAACGCCGGAGGAGGGGGGUUGUGGAUGGUGCGGCGCGGAGUGUGGGGGUGAUGUGAGGUGGUGAGAUGAGGUGUUCUAAACUCGCUUUGGCGUGAUACCUGACAAUACGUAGGACUCUUCAACGGGUUUUUGCGGUUAGUGCUUGUGAUGAUCUUUGUUUUUCUUAUUGGUUUUGGUUAUGUCUGGUUGAUACCCCGUGUGUGUACUAUAGUUACUUAGAGUUUCGUGAUGACCCUUUACGAAUAUGAAUGAUUCUAUAAUGAUGUAUCAUGCUUACUCUGUUGCUUCUACUCUGAGCCCUAGUCCUUGGACGUUAUGUCUCAUCGCUCUCAUUACUUUCGUCGCUCUCGUCGCUUUCUUCGCUCUCGUCAUCCUCUUCGCUCUCAUCAUCCUUUUCGCUCUCGUCGCUCGUAUCAGUAUCUUGCG